AGCAGCUCUGACUGUACACUGCAAGCAUGGCCGGGGACAGUGAAACACAUCUUAGGGACCGUGGCGAGAAAACCGACGUUAUCCGACAACCUUUUCUCAUCGGUGUAUCUGGAGGCACCGCCAGUGGCAAGUCGUCGGUAUGUGAGAAGAUCAUGGAGCUGCUGGGCCAGAACAAGAUCGACCAUCACCAGAGGCAGGUGGCCAUCCUCAGCCAGGACAGCUUUUACAAGGUGCUGACCCCGGAGCAGAAGGCAAAGGCACUGAAGGGCCAGUUCAACUUCGAUCACCCAGAUGCCUUUGACAGUGAGCUCAUAAUGCAAACACUCAGGAAGAUCCUGCAGGGGGAGACGGUCCAGAUCCCAUUGUAUGACUUUGUUCAUCAUUCCAGGAAAGAGGAGUUCAUCACGGUGUACCCGGCUGAUGUGGUGCUGUUCGAGGGCAUCCUCAUGUUCUACUCUCAGGAGAUCAGAGAUCUGUUCCAGAUGAAGCUGUUUGUCGACACGGAUCCAGACACACGGCUCUCUCGCAGAGUUCUCCGAGACAUCAGUGAGCGUGGCAGGGAGCUGGAGCAGGUGCUGGCUCAGUACAUCACUUUUGUGAAACCAGCCUUUGAGGAGUUCUGUUUACCAACAAAGAAGUAUGCAGAUGUGAUUAUUCCACGAGGAGCAGAUAACCUUGUCGCCAUCAACUUGAUAGUACAGCACAUCCAAGACAUUAUGAACGGCGGACCAAGCAAGCGCCACAACGGCUGCACGAACGGCCACGUUGCCCCCCGUCAGCGGCGGACCUCGGAGUCCAGCAGCCGGCCUCAUUGACCUCGUGGCACCUCUCUCACGGGGCGGAGAGGGGUGUGGGAGCUGCCUGUAAAUAAUGCCUGUCGGCAUCACUGUAUUUAAGAGGGGAAAAAAAAGAAAUGCAAAAAUAAUUGAAAUGCCUUUUAUUAUUAUUAUUAUUAUUAUUAUUAUUAUUAUUAUAAUAAUGACUACUCAUGUUAUUGGUUACCUUCAUUGUAAUUGUUGAUCAUUUUUUUCAGGAGGUUUAAAAUAAGUUGUUGUGAUGGGUUUAAAUGACCUCAUGCAUUUUUCCUCCCAGAUUGCUUUUUGUUUUUUAUGUAUCCCCCGCUGCUCCAUGGAGUUUCAUGCCGCUAAUGAAUAAAAGAGGGGAACCCCCCUUUUUUUCCUUUUUUUUUGUAAUGACUGAUAAAACUUGAAGCCGUAAUGCCAGCGGGAGUCUGAUAAAUGUUUGGGUGUGUUCCAAACGAUAAGGAUUUGAAGAAAACCAGGAUUGCAAUGUGUAUUUGUACUGACAAUCUAUGGGUGUCUUUCCAAGCCUUUCCUUCAGUGUUAAAGAUGUGUCAUUCAAGUGUCCAUCACUGACUACACACUACAUGAUUUUUUUAGUACUGAUUCUCACGUGCGGAUUAAUGUGACCACCAGACCAAUAAAGCCUAAGGCUGGAAGGAUCAGCUGACUACUGUAUUAACCCAGUCUAGUGUUGCGGGUAUUGUUACACUCUUAAUGAAAAUAUUGAUAUAUAUCCCAAUCAAAAGAAAGCAAACAAAAAUGUGUGAGGUUAAAUUAACUAUUACAAAAAUGUAGAUAUGUGAAUUUCUCUAUAAAGUCCCUAU